AUGAACUUUCAUCCAACAACCACAGUCCCACUGGCUGCAUCAGCCUUGGCAGGGACAUCGAUAUACGAGGAAGAAAUGGUUUCCCCACUCGAUCUGGCCAAACUAGCGGAGGCUCAGCUCCAAGAUUCAGGUCUUGACCACCAGGAACAAAACGCGAGCAAUAUUUCGAGCACUAGUGAGACCAACAACAGAACUGAACUAGCCGACACCAGUGUAGUUCAGAUCGAUACGGAACAAAACGAUGACAAUCAUGGAAUUUUGAUGUUGCCUCAAUUGGAACGGACUACUGCCAACAGAAGGCCCGAAGUACUACCAGGAGCCUACGCAAGUGGAGGCAAUUUUCAGGGAACAGAGGAAAAUCUGGAAACAGCAGAGAUGACACACAAUGAACCCACGACUACUGGAUUGCCAACCAUCGAACCAGAAAAUGACAAUAGUGGCUUGGCUGUGGCAAACUUGGUUCAAGAUGAAACAAUCCCUCCAGAUCUGCCCCAGGCUCACGAUUACAAUCUGGAAAAUGAAACCAGAAGUAGAGAAGAAAGGAUGAAGCAAUUCAAAACCAAGGUCCUCUUGGGGGUCAUUUUCUUGUUGGCCAUCAUUCUCAUUUUGGUAGCCAUCCUGAUUCCUCGACGUCAAGAGAAUGGUGCAGAUCUUUUUCCAACAACUGCACCUAGUGAGUUGCCUAGCACCAACCCCUCUCAGGGACCGUCGUCUUAUUUGGAAUACUGGCUGUCGCUGUUCCCGGAAUCAACAGUCUCUACAAUUCAGGAGGACCCAGGAUCACCCCAGUCGAUAGCAUUCAGAUGGCUCUUGGAUGAGAUUGACAUCCUACAACACCUUACAGAACAGAGAGUUGUACAGCGCUUUGUACUAGCAACAUUCUACUUUGCCAACAGCAAAGACCCUUGGUCCUUGAGUGACAAUUGGCUAAACCACAGUGUUCAUGAGUGCCUUUGGUACUCAAGUUUGGAGCAAUGGUAUUUCUCGUCUGAGGCCAACAUUUAUUUCCCCAUGGAUCACAUCAGCCCUUGCGAACAAGAUCUAGCUGGAUAUCUACAGGACGGCAUCUUGUAUCAGGGAGAAGGAAUCAUCAGGCACUUGUGGCUGCUCCACAAUGGUCUGGUGGGAUUAGGGAUUCCCUCAGAGCUCUACUUGCUCACAGACCUCAAGAGCAUGGCAUUGGAUGGUUUGAACCAUACCAGAAUCAUCCCAGAAGAGCUCUCUCGACUUUCAAAUUUGGAGUUUAUUUCCAUGAAUUUUUGCAGCCUUUAUGGCUCCAUUCCUGAAGCACUCGGCAGUUUGUCAAAACUUAGAGUCGUUUACUUUGGGUUCAAUUCCUUGAUUGGAACUAUUCCAUCAUCCCAGUUUUCCCUUCCAGGCUCAUUGCAAGCCAUUGUUUUGGUAGAAAAUCAGCUGACAGGACCAGUAGGUACAAAUUUGUUGUCUCUGUGA